CACACUGUCACCCUCGCCAUGGCUUCCGCUGCUCUGCAGAUCCUGGGGAUCGUCUUGACGCUGCUGGGCUGGGUGAAUGCCCUGGUGUCCUGCGCCCUGCCACUGUGGAAGGUGACCGCCUUCAUCGGCAAUAGCAUCGUGGUGGCCCAGGUGGUGUGGGAGGGGCUGUGGAUGUCCUGCGUGGUGCAGAGCACGGGCCAGAUGCAGUGCAAAGUGUAUGACUCGCUGCUGGCGCUGCCCCAGGACCUGCAGGCCGCCCGUGCCCUCUGUGUGGUCGCCCUGCUGCUGGCCCUGCUUGGCCUGCUGGUCUACCUCGCUGGGGCCAAGUGUACCACCUGCGUGGAGGACAAGGAUUCCAAGGCCCGCCUGGUGCUCACGUCUGCGAUUGUCUUCAUCCUUUCAGGGGUUCUGAUCUUAAUCCCUGUCUGCUGGACAGCCCACGCCAUCAUCCAGGACUUCUACAACCCGCUGGUGGCCGAAGCCCAAAAACGAGAGCUGGGGCCUUCCCUCUAUGUGGGCUGGGCAGCGGCUGCCCUGUUUAUGCUGGGCGGGGGGCUCCUCUGCUGCACCUGCCCUUCUGGUGGGUCCCGGAGCUCCAGCCAUUACAUGGCCCGUUACUCAGCAUCUGGGCCCAACACCACCCCCCGGGGCCCUUCCGACUACCCCACCAAGAAUUACGUCUGAGGGGUGGGGAGCCAGAGCCCUGAGAGCUGCAGUUGGUGUCUGUCCAUUCUGGGAUUGGAUCUUCUGUCGUUGUGUUUUGCUCUUUGAGGGGGCACCCCAAGAAGAUGGCUCAGGCUCCCACCUGGGCUCUACGGGCUGUGUUUCUCACCUCUGCGUUUUUUUCCUACCUUGCAAGCCAGCUUGCUACUGUGGAAGUGAAGGCCACUGCUGAUCUGCUUUGUGACAAAGCGGCCUGUCCCACGAGUUCCUGGACUGGCAGGGACAGUCACAGUCCCCUCCCUGUCCUGUCAGGUUUGUGCAACGUGCAGAGGCCUCACCUCUCAGCCCCGGAAGAAGAACCGAGCUGGACUUUUCUGUCUGGUGUCUGACCGCCCUCAUCCCUCCUCACAGGUCCCCCCAAGUGCUGUAGAUACUGCCCACCCCCACUCACUGCCGAUGCAGCCCGUGUACACCUCUCUGGCUGAAUAAAGGUUAUCUGCUUCA